UCCGAUUGGCGGAUAGGUGUGUGGGCGGUGCGCUGCCAUUGGUUGAAACGGCGGGGGCGGGGCGCGCUGGUAGCGCGCUGCCGGGUCGGGCGGCGGGGCUGGUGCCGGUGCGGAACCGGAGCAGGCAGAGUGGGGUUAUGGCGCUGCUGCUGGAACAUGAGUUCAAGGCGCUGCCGGCCGACAAGCAGAUCGAGACGCUGCCCUUCUUGGAGGCCGUGGCGCACCUGCCGCCCUUCUUCGAUUGCCUGGGGACUCCCAUAGUCUACUCACCGGUCAAGGCAGACCUGACUGGAAAUAUCAAGAAAAUCCGGGCGGUUUACGACUCCAACCCCAGCAAGUUCAAAACGCUGCAGAACAUCCUGGAGGCGGAGAAAGAGAUGCACGGUUCAGCCUGGCCCAAGACCGGCGCGACGCUGGCGCUGAUGUGGUUGAAAAGGGGGCUGAAGUUCAUGCUGGUGUUGCUGCAGAGCAUCUCUGAUGGUGAGCGGGAUGAGGAGCAUCCAAACCUCAUCCGAGUGAAUGCCAUGAAGGCUUAUGAGAUCGCACUGAAGAAAUACCAUGGCUGGAUGCUGCAGAAGCUCUUCAUGGGGUCAGUCUAUGCUCUUCCGUACAAAUCAGAUUUGCUGAAGGCAUUAGAGAAGGGUAAAGAAGUCAAAGAAGAGGAAAGCAUAGAGAAGAUUCAUCAAUUUCUCUCGAAGGCCACCCCCAUACUGGAUGCGAUUUAUGAGAUGUACACAAAGAUGAAUGCCGAGCUGACCUACAAAGCCUAAGGCUCGCACGAGACUGGCAGGGCUUAAAUAAAGUGUGGCGGGUGCUACCUCUGUCUUAAUCACUGAGGCAGCUGGGGCUGCUCCAGGCUCUCAGUUGACUUUUGAUUCUCGUCUGGAUGUGCAGUGGAUAACCUAUUUUCUAAAAUAAUAAUAAUAAUAAUAGUUUUCUAUUGAGAAUACAGCAAUAAAACAAUUGUACCCCGUGUCAUCACAGGAUUUCCCAAGCUUUUGUGCUAAAGAGGAAAAACAAGUCUUUCUAGUCCUAACUGCCAGGUUUAUGGCUACCACGGUGUGGGGAAUGAAGCGUGGCCGGCGGCAGCGUCUCACCGAUGCUGCCUUGGCUCUGCCCUGACUCUCGGACUGCACCGCUGUGCCCGGACCCACUGUGUGCCCCAUACCGCUCAACCACUGAUCGGCACCUGGGAAAGAAACGUCCCAAAUGAUGCUGGCAGCGCCUGUGGCAGAGGAGCCGAUGACUUUCCCGGGUGAUCCCAACUCCUCCAGCGCCUGCAUGGGAGCAAGGACCACCCCCCCGCUGGGACAGCUUUGGGGGGUGAAGCUGGGAGACUGUCCUGAUGUGAUAACUGUGGAACACGAGUUGCCUUAUUAACCAACUGCCUUAUGGUGCUGCUGAGCUCCGCGCUGGCAGGGCAGGGAAGCAAAGUUUAAUAAAAACUCAUGGUAACCUUG